AUGUCCGAUUUAUGUAUAGUGUGCGACAGAACAGUCACUGCAAAACAACAUGCACUAACAUGCGAUGUUUGUACAAGAUGGUGUCAUCGAAAAUGUGGUACAGGCUACACUACUUACCAAUAUAGUAAGGCAAGACAAAAAAAUGUGCAAAUUCCACCUAGGAUUACAUUUGAAAUUGUUAAACAGGCAACUAAAAGAGGGGGAGAUCAUUUAGUUUCCAGUGAUGGGCACAAUUUGACUGUUAAAAGCAAAACAAAGAAAGGAAAGACCACUUGGGUAUGCGCUAAGAAAACUAAUGGUUGUAAAGCUAUAGUUAUUCAACAAGACAAUAACUUUACCAUUAAAAAUGAACACACCUGUCAUGCAAUAGCUGGGGCUACUGGCCUUGCUAAAAUUCGUGCAAAGUCUUACCAGGCUGCUAUGGAGCAACCUUUCACAUCAGCACUAGAUAUUGUUACUAAGGCUACUAGAGAGAUUGUUUCGGCUGGAGAACCUUUUCAUCUUAUCAACCCACAGCAUUUAGCUCGAAACGCUAAUAGGUUCAGAGAAUUAAAACGUCCAAGGCAUCCAGAGACAUUGUUUUUUGAAUUAGAUAAUUCAUUAAUUCCACAGAACUUUUUAUGUGCAGAUUUAAAGAGGGAUAAUCAAAGACAUCUCUUAUUUGCAACAGAAGACCAAUUAAACUCAUUACGUCAAGCCGAAAAUUGGUUUAUGGAUGGAACAUUCAGCGUUGUAAAAAAACCUUUUUUCCAACUCUAUACUAUACAUGUUUUCAUAAAACAUAAUGAUAAAUAUGUACAAAUCCCUACAUUAUUUUGCUUAAUGAGCGGAAAAGCAACAAAAGAUUAUGAAUGUAUAUUCGAAUGGAUUGUUGGAACAGGAAACUUGAACGUGAAAUCAGUCACAUGUGAGGAAUAUAGUUUUGUUAUAUUUAAAAACAGUUUAAAUAUUUUAACUAUCGAAUGGAUUGUUGGAACAGGAAACUUGAACGUGAAAUCAGUCACAUGCGAUUUUGAGCAAGCUGUCUGGAUUGCUGCAACAAACAUCUUGCAAGUAUCGAUUCAUGGAUGCCUGUUUCACUGGACGCAAGCUGUUUUCAGAAAAAUAAAGGAACUAGGCUUACAAAAAGACUACAAUGAAAAAAAAGAAGAACACUCUAAAUGCAAGUUAUUAUUGGCAUUGCCGUUUUUGCCAUCCGAAUGGAUACCUAGGAUGUUUGAACAACUCGACGGCCCAGUGAAAACAGGCCCGGGUUAUGCGAAAGCCGACCGACUGACAGACAGGCCCAGUGAAAACAGGCCCUUGGUCGUGCGAAAGCCGAUCAGACUCGACGGCCCAGUGGAAACAGGCCAGGGUUGUGCGAAAGCCGACCGACUGACAGACAGGCCCAGUGAAAACAGGCCUUGGACGAGUGUAGACUCAAGGGUUGUUGAUACUGCUGUCGAUAUGAAGGGUAAAUCGUCACUGGCUGAAGAAUUUUUUGAAAAAUCAUCUGGCUGUCGGAGCUUCGAGGUGGUGGACGGACGAAACAACAUCAGCACAAAAAUUAAUAGCAGAUUAGAUGCCUUUGGCAAAGGCUCAUUUGAAGAACAAAAAACAAGUCCAAAUAAAAAAUCGAUAAGUGUUACCGUUAAUCCCCAACAAAUUAUGUUGUGCUUGAGGCACUUUCCAAAAGGAACCUCAGGAGGUAGAGACAGUCUAACUCCACAGCACUUAAGGGAUUUAACACAUGAUAAGAUAGAAACAACAGAACUCAUCAGUGCCAUGACCGGUUUUAUCAAUCUGCUGUUGGAGGCAGGAUACAUUGCCGGUCAAUAUGGGUGGACUGGGCUUGGGUGUCGUGGCCGAGUUGGCACCAUCAGCAUUUUGUCAUCGGCCGCGGCCACGGCAGCCCUUCAGGAAAAGAUCUUACCAAUGGAUGUAGCAUACCAGGAUGAUUUGAGACUUGAAACAUUUCGGAACUGGUGCACGGUUUACGGGGAUAUAAUGGACAUAAAUGUGUGUUCGCAGAAGAAAUGGAAUGAACCAUCUUUGAAUAAUUCAAAAUCAAAACUGGAUGAAUUAAAUGACUCUCCCUCAGAUAAAGCCAGGUUGAUGACCGUUAGAAGUAAAUUGGGGUCUGCUUGGCUAAGGGCCAUUUCCAGUACAGCUUGUGGUACAAGGCUUGACAAUGGUUUUAUUAGAGUGAGUUUAUGCUUGAGACUUGGGUUGCCGGUAGUGUCAGGUUACAGAUGCUUGUGUGGGGCGGAUGUUUCUCAGUUGGGUUACCAUGGUUUAUUGUGUAGGCUUGGUUCAGGAAAACAAGCAAGACACUCUGCCAUGAAUAGUCAUAUAUGCAGAUUGUUCCAGAAAGCAGAUACACCUGCCAUUAAAGAACCAGCAGGCCUACUAUCUGAAAGUAAUUUCAGGCCAGAUGGUUACACCCUGGUACAGUGGUCUCAAGGUUGUUGUUUAUCAUGGGAUGUGACGUUCCCUCACACGUUAGCCAAAAGAAGGGACCUCAUUGAAAAACUUAGAGGAGUCAUCAUCUACUUCAAAUCAAAAAUUCACUCCACAGUUUCACAGUCAGUUUCAUCACAACCAGAACACAAUUGCUUCAAGACCCUUAGCAAUGAAUGCAAUGUCGAUAACACUCCGUACCUCAUGUGUGGCCUCUACCAUCCUCUUGAAUCUUUAUACAAAGAUUCAACCGUGUUGAAUUUUAUUGACAAGCUCUGUCUACAUCUUGUAGAUAUAUUUUGGGGAUUGACCUAUCUAAACCACAACUUUGACAGAAUUUAUGGAUUCAAUGUUGACCUCAAAGUAGUUAACACCUACAACUCCCAUGUGAAAACCAAACAUCUUAAGAGUGAUCGCCACUCCUUGUCUACACACUAA